AUGCACCAAACUCGAGACGCAACAGGUGCGAAAGCAAAUACAGCCGAUGGUGAUAUUGAACGAUAUCAUGAGGAACUAUUCGAGAUCGCACAAACGGGUGAUAUUAAACGACUUAAAGAUCUACUUGAUGAAUUGGAUCGUCAUAAAGACUCAACAACGAAGAAAGAAUUGCUCAAUAUGGGUUAUCAAUCAGUGGAUAAUUUAACAGUAUUAAGUGUAGCAGCUGGAAAAAAACAUAAAUCCAUCACAGAAAUAUUAGCUAAAUGUCCUGAAGUCGACGUGAAUAAAGCAUCGUUAUCGGGUAUUACACCAUUAUUAAUGGUUGCCGAAGUUGGUUGGCCAGAUAUACUUGAUAUUCUAUUACAACGUUGUGCUAUUGUUGAUCCAAUACCGUCUGGUAAACGAGCUGAAGAGUAUAAAAUAGCUGGUUCAACACCAUUAAUUGGUGCAACUAAAUAUAAUAAUUCAGAAUGUGUUAAAUGUUUAUUAGAAUAUCAUGCUAAUCCAAAUCAUCAAAAUCACUUCGGCAUAUCAGCAUUGAUGCUUGCAGCUGAACAAGGUUAUUUUGAAUGUGUUAAAUUACUUAUACAAGCUGGAGCUGAUAUAGAUUUAGCACCAAGUGGUCCAUUAGCAUUAAUAAUGAAUAUAUAUGGUCAAACGCCAUUAUUUUGUGCAGCAAAAGAAGGUCGAACAGAUAUAGUUAAAUAUUUAUUAGAUCGUGGAGCUAAUCCAAGUGUUCAAAAUCAUUAUGGUAUUAGUGCCUUAUGGAUUCCAUCACAAAGAGGAAUGUUAAAAGUUGUUGAAUUAUUAUUAAAUGCUGGUGCUGAAACACAUGUUGCUCCAUUUGGUAAUCAAACUGAUAAAUUAAAUAUAACUGGUUGGACAUCACUUUAUGUAGCAAUGAAAUCACGAAAAUUUGAUGUUGUUAAAUUACUUCUUAAAUAUGGUGCUGAUCCAAAUGCAAUAACAAAAUAUUGUUCAACACCAUUUUUACUUGCAUCUGAAAUAUGUGAUUUAGAUAUAAUUGAAGCAUGUAUUGAAGCUGGUGCUGAUCUAGAUUUUGCACCAAGUGGUUCUGAUGCUGAUAAUUUAAAUAUAACUGGUCAAACAGCAUUAUUUAUGGCUACAUUAAAAGAUCGUAUUAAUAUUGUAAAAUUUUUAAUUGAAAAAGGAGCACAAGUUAAUAUACAAAAUCGGUAUGGUGUAUCACCAUUACUUCUUUGUUCUGAAUCGGGUAAUCGAGAACUUGUUCAAACACUUAUUGAAGCUGGUGCUAAUGUUAAUAUUACACCACAAGGAGAAUUAGCUGAAGAAAAUUUUCUUGUUGGACAGACGCCUCUAUUUGUUGCAGCUAAAAAAGGUCAUGUAGAAAUUUGUGAAUAUCUUAUUCAAAAUGGUGCCGAUGUAAAUGCUGUUACAAUGACUGGUGCAACUCCAUUGUAUACGGCAAUUGAAGAAGAUCAUUUAGAAGUUGUUGUUUUAUUAAUACGUUGUGGUGCUGAUGUAAAUCAAUCACUAAAAGUACAAAUUGCACAUGAUCUUCAAAUUGAAAAUCAAACACCUUUAUUUUGUGCAUGUGCAAAAGGCUUUCAAGAUAUUGUUGAAUAUUUAAUUGAGCAAGGAGCUGAUGUCAAUGGAAUAGAAAACACUGGUCAAUCAUGUUUGCACAUUGCAGCAGCUAUGGGUUAUGCUGAUAUAGUUCGAAUCUUAUGUGAACGUGGUGCAAAUAUUGAUCAACAAUUUCAUUUCGAAGGACAAAAUUUAACUGCAUAUGAUUUAGCUAAAUUUCAGCAGCAUGAUGAUGUAUGUCAAAUACUCAAAAGUUUUAAUGCAAGACAAUGA